GUUUGAGUAUUUUGGAAUGGGUAUGUUGAAUAUCGAGUGUGAGCUUUUACUUUGUUUAUUUGAUGUUGCUUGAUGGUUCGAUGGGGGGUUCGAUGGGCAUCGUUGGGGGGUUCGAUGGGCAUCGAUGGGUAGGCAUUUAGGGGGUUCGAUGCAUCCUCGAUGGUUGUUAGACGGCGCUCGAUGCAUGCUCGAUUGGGUUUGAUAGGUUAGGUCAUUUGGGGUUUUAGGUUUAUGCUUCUGUGAUUUGAUGCAUGCUCGAUUAUGGUUCAAUGCAUGCUCGAUGGUCAUUUGAUGCAUGCUCGAUUGGGUUCAAUAGGGUAGGCCCAUGGAUUGGGUUCUAGGUUUAAACCUAAGAAAUUAGAUGCAUGCUCGAUGGGGGUUCGAUGGAUGCUUGAUGGAUUGGAUUUUAUGUUGGGUUCGAUGGUGGUUUGAUGCAUGCUCGAUGGAUUGGGUUUUAUGUUGGAUUCGAUGCAUGCUCUAGGGUUGUUCGAUAGGGUGGGUCUUAGGGGUUCCAGGAGCGGGUUCGAUGGUGAUUCGAUGCAUGCUCGAGGGAUGUUCGAUGGGGUGGAUUUUUUUUAUGGAAAUGUCCAGUUCGAUAGGGGUUCGAUUGGUGUUCGAUGGAUACUCGAUAGUGGUUCGAUGGUUGCAUGUAUGUUUAUUGAUGGAUUUUUCACGUGACUUUGUUUAACUAUAUUAUUUUUAUUUUUAUUUUUUACAGAUGCCGAAGUUUCUUUUCCCCUUGACAGAUCACUUUCUUGGUCGAGUCACAUAUAGGGGUAAUGGUUGCUUUAAAACAAUCAAGGACAAGUUUGAGGAGCUCGGGUUGAUAGAAAGGGUGAAGGAAUCCCCUUUCAAACAAUUUUUCAUGGCCGAGAAGUUAGACUUCUCUGCAUCUCUCAUACAUCAAUUAAUGUUGUGAAAGAUCCAGUGCAACAAAGAGGAUGAGUUGCAUUUUCAUUUAGGAUCUAGACCUUGUAGAUUUGGUAGAUGUGAGUUUUCUUUGGUUACGGGGUUGAACUUCAGUUCCGUGCCAUCUGAGACUGAUUUGAAGAAACACUUGACUAAUGACUGCUUAAUCAAGGAGUACUUUAAUGAUGAAGAAAUGGUGAAGAUAAUGCAUUUGGAGGCUGCUUUAAAAAACUGCACUGUAGUUGAAGAUGCCUACAAGUUGGGCCUAUGAUUCUUUGUUGAGGGGGUUUUACUUGCACGAGAGGGAAAGUUAAAUGUCUGGAUAGAUUCGCUGAAGAUGGUGGAGGACACUGAGUACUUCUUUACUUACCCAUGGGGGAAUGUGUCUUUUAACAAGCUUAUGGAUGCCUGUCAAAAAGACACGCAUCAUCAGAAGAGGAACUAUGAGAAGAAGAAGGAAGUUAAGGGGAAACAGAAAGAAGCAAAAUACAGUUUGUAUGGUUAUGUCCCUGCAUUGCAGUAUUGGGCAUACGAAGCCAUCCAGCAGUUUGCACGUGAGUAUGGUAUUAACUAUGGAAACCAAUUUUCGAGGAUGCUCAGUUGGUCGAGCAAUAAGGAGCGUCCUAUUUCGAAGGCCGACCUUGCACCGAUGUUCAAGAAGACGAGUUUAAUUGUGUUGUCCAUGUUGAAGCCCCAAUCUUCGGAGAUAGAUUAUUAUAGCGCUCUGACUGAGGGUCCCUUGUAUCCCGGGUUGGGUCAAGAAGAAGAGGUAGAAACUCCUACUGAUUUUGAGAAGGUGGCGGAGAUAGUUGCUGAGGUUGCGAAGGCAGCCAAUAUUUUUGUUGAUGGCCCUGAUGAUGAGGAUACCCCAGUCCCCAUCAGCCCUACACCCUUGGCCCCAACCCCAUCGGUACACCCCAAUCCUGAUCAACCUGAUUUACAGGAGGUGUUGGAGAGGUUGGAGCGAGUCGAGAGUCGUCAGGAUACCAUCCUAAAGAACUAGGAGGUCAUCAUGGAUGCUGUCAAUAAGAUCUUGAAAUUUGUACAAGAUCUUCCAGAUGAUUCUGAUUCCGACUCACUUGACCUCCCAGAUGAUUUUGUCGUACAUGACAUAGGCACUCCUCCCACGAUAGUACUCACAGCAAAUCCUGAGACCCCAGGUGUUGCUAUUAUAGAACCUGGGGAUGUUGCUGGUGUAGAGUUUGAAUUGGUCAAGAGGAAAAGAUGCAAACCUAAGAAAUUUGAAGACUACAUCGACCCAACCAGGAAGAAAGCUCGUGUGGAUGCGAUUGAUGACGUGCCAUUAGUCCUUGACCCUCUGAAGAAGCCACUUGCUACACAGUACAGGACGGUCGGCAAGUGGUUGCUUGGAGAUAUUCCGAACAAGACGAAGAGGGAUGUCCAAACUGGUGUGUAUGGUCCGAGUUGGUUUCUGACGAUGAAGACACCACAGGUUUGGAUUGAUGAUGGGGUAAGUAAUUUUAUUAAUAUCUGUUAUCUGGUAUAAACAUUG